AUGAGCAUUAAGAAGCUGAAGUUAUUUGGUAUACGGGCAUUCACUCAGGAACAGCCUGCUGCCUUGGAGAUGCAUGCGCCCUUGACACUAAUUGUAGGGCACAACGGCACUGGUAAAACUACAAUUGUAGAGGCCCUAAAGUACGCAACAACAGGAGGCUUGCCUCCUAACGCCAGAAACGGCGCGUUCGUGCACGACCCAAGGAUCUCGCAAGAGAGGGAAACAAAGGCCCAGAUUAUGAUGAAGUUUACGUCUUGUGCUGGGGAUGAGUAUAUUGUGGUGCGCGGACUAUCACAGACACUUGGUAAAAUUAAGAGAGAAACAAAAACAACUGAGAGCGUGCUUUGGAAGGUGGAGAGAACCGGGAAAAGAAUGAUAUGCAAUAAAUUAUCAGAAGUGGAUCUGGAGGUGCCUAUACUUAUGGGCACAACAGGGCCAGUUUUGGAGAAUGUCAUAUUUGUGCACCAAGAAGAGUCUGCAUGGCCAUUCAGCGAUCCAUCUGCUGUGAAGAAGAAGAUAGAUGGAAUAUUUUCAUCCAGCAGGUUUGUUAAGGCAAUUGAUGCACUUGUCUCCCUUAAGAAGGAGAAGUCAGGUGACCUGAAAAUAUUAGAGUGCAAAUAUGAAGGACUGCAGCAAAAGACACAGCAUAAGCACGUUAUACAGCAAAGGAUAGAGCGUAUUGUGGAUAGGCUGAAGCUAGUCAGGAAUAUGUCGCUUCUGGGAAGUGAGCGCAUGAAACAGGCACAGAAUUCCUUAAAGGAGGCACAAGUGAAAUACGACCAGGCGCUUCUGUGGGUGCGGCAGAAGGAGAAAGCAGAGUCUGAGCUAGCUGGGCUGUCCACUAAGGAAUUACUUCCUGGAAGUGUAAAUGACUUGGAGGCGCAAUUAAAACGCACAGAAUGCACAUGGGAUGCAGAUGAAUUGGCCCAUGAAGAAAGUGUUUUGCGGGUAGAUGAAGAUAGAGUACUUUUGAGCAUCCGUAAAUUUGAAGAGCUUAAAGUGGUUGUCUCACAGAGCAAGAUAGAAGUGGAUGGUCUCUUACAAGAGAAAAUAAAAAACACACAGAGCAUCCUGGAGAAAGUGAAUGCAUCCAGGGCGCACCUGCAUAGAGUAUGCAGUGUGCUAGCUGAAGUAAUAGAUGAAAUAGGCAAAUUACAGGACAGGGCGUGCGAUGGUGUAUUGGAUGCAAUUAUGAGACAAGUGGAUGGAGUACUCCAGCGGGAUAGAAAUAUCACAGAAACAUGCGCAUUAGUAGGCACACCCUUGGAGGUAGAGGCAUUAGUUGAUGAUGAAAUGGGGUGCCUAGAAGGCGUAAAGGGAUGGAUUUGCCAGAUUGACAAGAUACUUGAUCAGAGGCUGCAGAGGAAAGAGUCUUCUGUUAGGCUAAUAACUGAAGAGAUAGGUGUGCAUAAGGAGAAAUACAGAAAUAUACAGAACAGAGUAUCUGAGAUACGGAAUAUUAUGGAUGUAGAUUUGGCAGAGGCAGACACAUCAUUUAUCAUGGAGAUACAAGAGAAUGAGGAUAUCCUGAAUAGAGUGUACACUAAGAAGGAGUACAACAAAGAUGUAAUAUUCAUGGAGAUUGAAGAAAUACAGAGAAAGCUAGAUGCAUCUUUGAAGGAAACUGAGAAAAGAAAGGAAAAAGAGUUCUUGCAGGAAGAAAUAGCCAGGAAAGAGAAGGAGCUGGAGUACAUUGCAUUCCCAUCGGAUAUAAAGAGAGGAAUGUCCUUGCAGGAUAUUAUGGAACAAGAAGAUGCACUCCACCAAAGAAUAUGCACAUUAGAUGGAAAGAUAAAGGAGAUGCAGCAGAGCCAUCAGAAGAAUAUGCAGAAGAAGAUUCUGGAGGAUGCAAAGGAAAUAGCAUACAAGAUGAUAGAUCAGAAGAGAAUCCAGAAAGUACAGGAUAUAUUAGAGAAUAUAUCAGGAGAACUAGUAGUAGAUCAGGUGCCUCUUACUAAGCUGGAAUUGCUGCAAAGGAUCAAGGAAGGCUUUAAAGUGAACCUACAGGCGGAGAUGGAGGAUGGACUGUCUGAUGUAAUUGAGGCAUGGGGGAGUAUUUCUGCCUCUGAGAAGAUAUACGAAGAGUUCUUGAGUCGUGCAAACGAAGGGUGCCCCUUCUGCAAGUCAUUUAUUAGCACGGGUGUUUCAAAGGGCCACAUCCAGAAGAUUAAGAAUAUCUUGGAGUGCAUAAAGGCAAAAAAGGCAGAAAUCCAGGAAGAAAUGGAAAUUGAAAGGGAAAGAAGAAACACCAGCCAGAAAGAAGUAGUCUUAAAAUCACUUAUAAAUGAACUGUCUGCACUUCUGGUUCACCAGGUAGAUCGAUCUGGUCAGAGUGAAGUUGAUGAAGCGAGAAGAGUGGAAGAGUCUCUUGCAUUACUGGAUACUUUUAAUAAGAAUAUGUCUGCGAUAAAGAACAUAAGAGGCAAGUACCAGGAGAUAGAGUCACUUAAGGAGCGGGCAGCAGGAAUAUGCUUAGUGAAUGAGUGCUACAAUGCAAUCAGCCAGAUGCACAAGCAGAAGAUGGAUGACUUGCAAGAGAUUGAGAAAUUGGAGCAGAAGGAGCAGGAGUAUUAUAAUGACUUAGAAGAAAGAAAGAAGGCAUCCCGCGAUAGAAUAAAGAACAUUGAAAAAACACUUGAGCAAAGGAAUAAGUACAGGAAGGAGGCAGUCUCAUUGGAGAAGGAAAGUGCAUCCUUGGAGGAAGAAAGAAAAAAGACAGAAGCCAUAUUGCAGGAAAAGACAGAAAUGCUUGCAGAAAUAACACGGCAUGAAAGAAUUUAUUAUAAGGCAAAGGAUACCUUGCAGGCAAUUAAGAUACCCAGCAAUAAUCUAGUGGAAAUGACCUCAUUAAAGGAAAGACUCUGCGAGAUAUUUGCGCGGAUUGACGUUCUUGCCAGGAAAGUAUACACAGAAGAGCACUGUGCAGCAGAAGAUGCACUUAGAGAGAAAUUGCAUGAGAUUGAGCAGAAAAAGGCCUUGGUUAACAAUAAGCUUGCAGCUGUGCUGGAGAUGCAGGCGCAUAAGCAGCUUAUUAAGGACUCUAUCCGGGCAGCAAUUCUUAUGGAGAAAAUAAAGGAAUGCACUGCCACUCAAGGAACACUUGACUGUCUCCAGGAAGAAAUUCAAAGAAUUGAAUGCAGUCUAAUGAAAGAACAGAAGACUAUUUCAGAGUGCGCUGGUGAAGUGUAUAACUUGGAGAAGCAGAAGGAAGAGGAUGAAGCAGAUAUAAAAGUGCAUGAAUCUGCAGAGUCUGAUGAGUUAUCUGCAUUCAUCAUGAUAAAGGUCUUGAAGGAGAGUAUUUCUGACUUGGAGAAGUACAUUCAGAGCGUGCAAGCUGCAAUUGUCAGGUACCAUGCGGAGAAACUUGCAGAGGUCAAUGCGAUCAUUAAGGAAAUCUGGUGCAUAGCGUACAAAGGCACAGAUAUUGAUGAGAUAAAGAUUAUUUCGCACAUGGAUAAGACAUACAGCUUGGUUAUGGUUAAAAAUGGAAUUGAAAUCGACAUGCGCGGGAGAGUUAGUGCGGGACAGAAGGUUAUAGCAUCGAUAGUUAUACGCCUUGCGUUGGCAGAAGCAUUUAGUGUGAACUGCGGAUUUCUAACUCUUGAUGAGCCCACAACUAACUUGGACAAGGAGAAUAUUGCAGGCCUAGCAAAGGCACUUUCCUCAAUUAUUCAAGCCAGAAAGGCAGAGGGAAACUUUCAGCUGCUUGUAAUCACGCAUGAUGAAGACUUUGUCCGAGAGCUUCUUUCAACGGAAUGCACAGAAUACUUCUAUAGGCUGGAAAGAGAUACUAUUGGGACCCCAAGGAUUGUGCAACUUUCCAUAUACGAUCUGUAA